CGGUGGAGCCAUGAGCAAGCACGACAAGCACCGGAAGAAGGAGAAUCAUGAGAAGAAGCGAAAGCUCAAGAAGGAUGACAGAAGAGAGGAUGGGAAGGACGAUCGCAAGAAGGACAAGCCGUCGAAGAAACACAAGUCGAAGGUGUCGAGUGACUCUGUCGAGCGUGCGAUGGACAUUCCUCUGGCGCUGAAGCGCAUGGAAUCCCUUCUGGACGAGUUUCCGGACCUUGUCGCUGACUUGACGAGCAUUUUGAAAGUGGUCGAUGCAGGCGAAUCCGUUGUCAUCGGGGGAAUUGCGGUAACAACGUUACUCUCUAGCGAGUACUUGCAAUGGACGAGUGACAUACCGCCGUAGAACAAAGAGAUGAAAGCACGUCUGGCUGAGCUCUUUCCUCUCAUGGGACUCGUGGAGUCGGGACCAAACGAAUCGUAUGCCAAGCACAAAGUGGCAAUGCGAAGACCGCCCCUUGUGGAUACAUUUCGCAUCGCGCUGCAGCCUCGACCUAAACGUGCAGUUUCUUCCCCAGCUCCCCCAGCUCAAAUUUCUGAAGCGCCGAAGCAUGCUCAACGCGUCUUGGGUCCGAUAGGUCCUUCCCUGCCACUGCGACAACCACCGGCACAUAUUGACGAUGACGACGACGACGUUGUCGGGCCUGCCUUGCCAGGGAUGAAAGGCUUUCGCGAAGCCAGCGCCGAAGUCGAAGAGAGGAUGCGUGCUCAAGCAGAGGCUGAGGAAGCGUUGGCAUGGAAGCGCGUCCGUGGCGAAAUCCCCAACGAAACGUCCGGGGCACCAGCAGUUCUCGAACGAGAAGAAUGGAUGCUCUCACUGCCAGAUAACGAGUCAAUCCAGGCGGCACUCGGUGGACUCGGCGACCAGAGCGCGCGCAAGUUCCGCAGCCGCGACAAGAACGAACGCGACGCGAGUUGGUUUGCGUCCCCUGCUGAACGAGAGCAAGCACUGCGUGAAAAAGCCCAAUGGGAGAUGCUUGGUUAUGUGCCUGGAAAGCCCGAGGCCGCCGAGCAAUUUAGUCGACAGGCGGUACCACCACCCACCGAGGCGCCAACGACGCCAGCGCUGCCCCGUCAAGAAAGGUCCCUCUUAGAGAAGCAUCAGGAUGCCAUCAAGAAGGAUGCAAAAUCGGUCGCCCCCGCCGCAUGGGACCGGGACCGCGACAUGGCGAGUCGGCGGCAGUUAUCGGGGGAUGCCGCGUCGUCGCUGAUUCAGCAAGCGACCAUGAUGAGCUCGCGCUUUGCCGCCCCCAAAGUCACAAGAACGUUUUUGUAACUUAAAGUUGGCUUAAGACGACCCACCAUAGCGAAAAGCAUACGCACGCGGCGAUCACGAGCGCCACGACCGUGUUGUGCCGCAACUUUUUGCGCCGAAUCUGGUCGACCAAGUGAUUGAUCCCGGCAAACGACGACGACAGCGUCGCGCCCUUGGAUUGCGUCCGAUGCAUCGACUCGCGCUGGUUCAACAGCGCUUCCUUCACGGCUUGCGCGACACUAAACGUUCACGUCAGAUCCAAAUUGGACGCGUGCAACGAACUUGAGUGUUUCGUUCGCCAUGGACGAGGAUGCGUCAAGGAUUCCACGCUCUUUGAGAAACGCGUCAGCUUCCGAGUCGACGGACGGGUUCGCUUCUCUGCAGCAUCCCAGAUGAACAACACGAGAUGGGAGGGAGGUGUUGGAAUGGAAUAUCUUACUUUCGCUGGAAA